CUAUCCACGAAUACAGGAUGGAUACUUUUGACGACACAAGACCAGAUACGAGACCAGGACAACAUGCGGGAUUCUCCGAGACUUCACCCUUGAUCGAGCACGGACUCGACUCGAAUAAGCACCAUGACCAAUAUUAUGAACCAGAGAGCAACACAAAUCUACCCGGGACCAGCGCACCAGGUGCUACCCGUAUCGAGUCUUUUUCCUCCAGAAUUUCGGCGGUAGAGCAGGGAUAUAUAUUGACGGGCAUCCUCAUCAUCGGUUGGUCCUAUGGUUUGGAUGGUCUCCUGCGGUCUACAUACCAAUCAUACGCCGCAUCCAGUUUUGGAGUGCACACGCUAUUAUCGACGAUCAAUGUCCUGAGGAGUGUGAUCGCAGCUGCUGUUUAUCCACCGGCAGCCAAAUUAGCCGAUGUCUUCGGCCGGUUCGAGCUCAUAGCGGUGUCGGUUGCAUUUUAUAUCGUCGGGACUGUUAUUGAGAGUACAGCGUCGUCGAUCCAAGCGUUUAUUGCUGGAGCAAUACUCUAUCAAACAGGGUAUACAUGCAUUAUCCUGCUCGUUGAGGUAAUCAUAGCCGACAUCACGUCUAUGCGCUCCCGUGUCUUCUUCAGCUAUGUUCCUGCGAUACCGUUUUUAUUCAAUACAUGGCUCAGUGGGAGUCUUGCUUCCGCAGCCUUGAAAGUUACAGACUGGCGAUGGGGGAUUGGAAUGUGGGCUCCUAUUUAUGCCGUUUCCGCGACUCCGUUGCUUGUUGGGCUAUACAGGACGAGUCUCUAUGGCAAGAACAGUGGUGAUAGCCAUGAAAGUCACCGGACGACACUCCGCGCAAAAGCCGUCGAGAUCUACCAUCAGCUCGACAUCAUCGGUAUCAGUCUCAUGAUGGCUGUGUUGAUCCUCAUCCUGACACCCCUCACCCUAGCUGAAGGACAACUCUCCCAAUGGCGUAGUCCCAGCAUCAUCACCCCAUUGAUCCUCGGCUGCUUAUGCAUACCAGUCUUUAUCUACUGGGAGACACACGGCGCCAGACACCCCUUUAUCCCGGGCUACCUCCUCAAGGACCGCGGCGUAGGAACCGCUCUCGCCGUACGCUGUCUGCUCAACAUCGCCUGGGCCGUUCAAGGGAACUACCUCUACACAGUACUUAUCGUGGCAUUCAACUUCUCCGUCUCAACAUCAACACAAGUCUCCUCAUUCUUCACUUUCUUCGGCGUCAUCAGCGGAUUAAUCAUAGGCGUGGUUAUCUUCCGCGUGCGAAGAUUAAAAUACUUCAUCGUCACCGGAACCAUCCUCUUCCUGAUUUCUUUUGUUCUCUUGAUUAGAUUUAACAGCGGCACUUCCCACAGCGCAGCAACCGGAAUGCUCAGCGCACAAGUCCUAUUGGGUCUCGCAGCGGGUUUCUGCGCAUACCCGACACAAGCCUCAAUCCAAGCAACAACAAGUCAUAAACACGUCUCCGCGUUAACAGGUCUCUACCUCGCGUCUUUCAACAUUGGCAACGCACUCGGAACAUGCCUCUCAGGUGUAAUUUGGUCCGAGAAUCUCCUUCGAACGCUCGAAUCGAACCUAAGCUUUCAGUCCAAUGAAACUCUCGCGCACGAAAUCUACAAGUCUCCGUUCGAGGUUGUACCGGACUACCCCGUUGGUACCGAGAUACGGUCUGCUAUUAUUGAUAGUUAUGGACAUGUGGAAAGGAUGCUUUGUAUUGCGGGGGUUUGUUUGUGUGUGCCGAUGAUUGGAUUUGCGUGCGCGAUGAUGGAUCCAAGGUUGUCGAGUGGGCAGAGUCAGCCGGAGGCUGAGAGGGAGGAGUGA